AUGGGUCCUCGAAGAUCAGCACGCAUUGCCGCUUUAACUGAUAAUAACAAAAAAAAUGAAAGUGUUGAGCAGUCUAUUGUGAUUCCUAAAAGGAAAGUCAGGUCGAAAAAAAGUGUCGAAAAUGUUAAUAUGACUUCUUCUACAAGCAUUCCAACUGAGAAUAUCAGUCGUUCUUCAAAAACUAUUGCUUGUGAAGAAGUAACAGAAGCUAUUGAUGUACUUAUAACGCCUGCUGAACCAUCUAUUAAUAAAGGAAAAUCGAAGGAGAGCACUUUGCCUUUAAUUGAUUCUUCUAUCAAUAAGGGGAAAUCAAAGGAAAUUUUCCAACAUUCCGACGGGUCCAAAAGUUUUCUUGAGCCUAUUGAUUCUUCCUGGUUACAGAAAAGAAAAUUUGGCCAAAGCCAUGAUAAUGAUAAUGAUUCUUGUAAUAAUGGAACUAUAGAACACUCACUGCAAUCAAAUAAUGUGAAUGAAGAAGAUGAUAGUGAUGAUUGGGAAGAAGUAGACCUUUCUGAAUAUCAAGAUCUAUCUGAUAAUCUAUCAGAAUCGAGGCCAUUCCCGAAUAAAACGAUUCAACUGACCUUUAAGAUGCCUAAGAUUCAAUACAAGUAUUGCGCAAUGGCGUUUUCUUUAAUCGAGUAUGAAUUACAAGCCUUAUUUGACAAAGCUUUGGUAAAGAUUGAUGUUAAACACGCCAAUUUAUUGACCAUAGCAUUACAAGAUUUGUGUAAAUGGUGGAAAAAUUAUUUUACAAUCACAAAACCUGGAAUUCGUAAUAGAGAAUAUCAUGAAUUUGGAGAGGACGGUGUGGAAAAUAUCAUUGAGAAAGAUGAAUUUUCUGAUUGUUUACCAUCUAUUGACGCAUUUCGAAAAAGUCUUAGGGUUGGAGAAGGAAGUCGCGACACAUCUACACAAUUAUUUGUUGCUGCAUUGCGUUCACUAGGAAUACCUGCACGAUUAGUAUGUUCCUUACAAGCAGUCUCUUUUAGGUUUGCUCGUAAAAACAAAACUGCUGCUUCUCGAAAUAGAAAAGAAGGUAACGGUUCCAAUAAUGAAAAUUUGAUGAAUAAUAAUAUCAAUGAAGAAGUUCAGAGAACACUUGGACUUGGAAAAUAUAAACUCAAUGCAAACAGAAAGAACAGUAAAGAUGUCCGUGUUGGUCACUCGAAAAAGCAACGUAGUGUUUCAAAAAAAGGACGAAAACAAGAUGAUUUGCAAAAAUCCGAUGUACCUCCAAUAUUCUGGUGUGAGGUUUAUUUUGCUGCUUAUAAAAAAUGGAUUUGUGUAGAUCCAGUUCGUGCAUUGGUGAAUUCACCACAAGCAAUGGAGCCUGCAUCUAAUGUCACAGAUAAUAUUAUGGCUUAUGUAGUUGCAUAUGAAAAAGACGUGACGCGUCGUUAUGCUACACAAUGGGGAGCGCGAACGCGAAAAUUACGAGUUCCUGUCACCAAAGAUGGUUAUGAUUGGUGGCACGAAACAUUAGUUUAUUUUGCACGUCCAUAUGAAAGUAAACAAGAUGAUGAGGAAGAUGCUCAUUUACAUAAACUUGAAGUUUCCGAACGUAUACCAACUUCAAUUGGUCCGUUCAAUAAUCAUCCUUUGUAUGCUCUCGAGCGUCAUUUAAAAAAGUACGAAAUAAUUCAUCCAAAACAACCAAUAAUAGGUCAUAUUCGUGAUGAACCAAUUUAUCCACGCAGGAAUGUUAAACAAUUACAUACAGCUGAAACUUGGUUAAGGGAAGGUCGACAAGUCAAGAUAGGGGAACAACCUGUAAAGCACGUAAAAUCGCGUAUUUACACCGUAUCUAAACGUCGUGCUGCAAAUAUGGCUUCCUUAUAUGAUGAAGACCCCCCUGAAUCUGGUUUAUACGGUGAGUGGCAAACUGAAGAAUAUAUACCUGAACCGAUAAUAAACGGUAAGAUACCAAAGAAUUCUUAUGGUAAUGUGAAUAUGUUUAAGGAAUGCAUGUGUCCAAUCGGAGGUGUCCAUAUUCCAAUCAAUGGAAUUGGAAAGGUUGCAAAAGAUUUAGGUAUUGAUUAUGGAGAUGCCGUGGUUGGAUUUGAUUUCCAAGCUCGUCGAUGCAUUCCCGUAGUUCACGGAAUUGUUGUUGCAAAAGAAAAUGAAAUAAUGUUGCUUGAGGCAUGGCAUGAACAUGCAAGUGUUGUUGAAGCUAAGAAUAAUGCAAAACGAGAAAAAGCAGUUCUAGCAAGAUGGAGAAAGUUUAUUAUUGGGAUAAAAAUUCGAAUGAGAUUACAAAAUGAUUAUGUAAAACAUGAUUGGUCUGAUAUGGAGGAAGAAGAAAGUGAAUUUCAUCAUGGUGAAUCAGAAGGAGAAAGUGAAUUGUAUCAUGGUGAUACCGAUGAAGAAGACAAUAAUAAUUCAAUUGGUGUUGAUGACAAGGGUGAAACAAAUGAAAGUAUCGUAGACAAGGUCGUCAUUAAUAAUAAUGACUUUUCGGAUUAUAUGGAUAUUGAAAGUGAAUUUAUAUGUGAAGAUAAGGUUGAGGUUAAUACGGGAGAUGACUUCAUGAAUGAAGAGAACGAUAGAGAAGGAGGAUUUAUACACGAAGAAAAUGAUACGGAUGAAGUUUUCAUGUUAGAAUAA